CCAAUCCAGUUACAUGUGUAAAAGUUUCUAAGUGGUUAAAUUCUUUGCUCAGAGUUAAAAGGAUGAAACUAAACCACACCCUGAAAGAAAGCAAGUUUUUCAUUUUCAGUGCUUGUGGUCCAAGUGAAUUCAGAAGGUUUCUGUGUGUGUGUGUAUGUGUGCAGUGUUUGUGUUACACAGACGGCAGGACUGUGCCAAGUGCAUACAACAUACAUCACCAGCGCACCAGGGAUAUAGAAAACAUUUCAGCUAACAGGCAGAGAGGACUUUGGAAGUAAACUAAACUUUUCAGCCAAAUGCAGACGGAAAAGUAAACUUCAUGAUUUUCUACAACAUGUACUGAAAUGAAAGCAACUGACAGGCAUUAUGGACCUCACUUAUAAAAUCCUGAAGAGAUGACAGAAGCUGUGAAAGAAUGCUUGACCACAUACAUUGCAAGGGACGUCAAAGACCCUGGAAUAUGACAUUCAGAAAAUCUUGCUUUAAGUUUAUUUUUCUGUUUUUUAUGAGCACAUGAAUGGUGGAUCAGAGAGUACUGUUCUGGCACUUUUUACACUGCUACUUUACUAUGGCACAUUGAGAAAAUCCUCUACAAGUUAUGGAAUAUUUUUGGGACACUCUUUACUACUGAGUGAUAUAAGGUACCAGACCCAGUGCCACUUUUGUCUUCUUUGCUAGAGGCAUGUGUUAAUAACAGUAAUGGGUUGGAGGCGCCGUUACUGUCCAAGCCCUGCCAUUAUAGGUCUAGCUUUGGCAGCAUGUGUUUUCUAUCAGAGUCUGAUCCUUCUUUGGAGGAGGGCAUCCUGGAAAUUUGAGGAAUAUGCAAGCGACAUUAAACCAGCUGAUUUAAAUGAAACCUUAAAUAGAGAAGAUUGUGUCCUUGCUGCAAUCAGGUUAUAUAAGCGAUUAAAAGAGUUUGGAGAAAGUAUACAAAGAGAUUUAAUAUCUAGGCCUACAAGAAGAAUCUUCUUAUAUGUGCAUCCAUCCCUUGGAUCCGAGGAACAUAUUGUUUACAAAGAUAUUUUAAGCCCAUUUGGAAAUAUAGUCCUUACAGAAGAAAUUAAGGAUGUGAAAGCAGACGUGACUAAAAACCAAGGCCUGGUAAACACUGAAGAUAUUUUCAUCUAUAUCCCACCUAAUAACAGUUCUGAGUCAGACUGCAGGAAAGAAAAAGAGCUGUAUCAAUUUAAAAAGGUAAAUAUAUUACUGGAAGUGCAGCAGCUAUUAUGCCGCAAAGAGACAAUCUGUGAAAUGUCAGGAAAAUUCCCAGAAGUAAAAAAUCUUACAGUGUGUUCACCUCAGUCGGAUGCAGCUAGCUUCAGAACAAGGGUCGUUACGCCAUUCUCGCCAAGUAAAUUCAGAAGAAAAGCACAUAACACCAGUCCAGUAUUUAAGACUCUCUUGUCUGAUCACUUUCAACAUCAGAAUCUACCAGUCAUAAGAGCAUACGUGCUGCUUACUUCAUCAUCACCGCUGCGUGCAUUUCUUCAUUCUGUUGCAAUUGUUCAGCACCACCCGUACCAACAGUUUGUUCCCAUAAAGCUUAAGGUAUUUUAUGAAAAGUUCUUCAAGUGGAACCCUCCCUUACAAGCCUUUAUUACUAUGAAGGAGGCAAUUGGCAAAUUUCUGCUCAGCUUUGGGGGACUGAGUGAAACCUUUUCUCUGCCUGUCAUUAGCAGAUGCAAAGAAUGUUUUCAGCUUUUAACUGUGGAUGUUAGAUACGAGUCACUGCUCCCUGUUGUGUUUGAGGUAAGAGAUCAUUUCUACUUUGAAGGACUCCAUGCAGACAACAUGAAAGUGAAAAAACAAAUUUUGAAAGAGGCAUUUACGUUUAUUUUAAGAAAUACAUCGAGCAGCAUUCUACAGGCACUAGAGGUUUUGCUGGAACUUUCUUUUAAAAAGAAAGAUGUUUGCAAGGCUAAUCCUAUCCUAAAAGACUUGAGGUGGGAAGAAAUAUCUAUGCUUCUCAGUUCUACACAACAGCAUGUUCAUGUGGAAGCCUUUGAGUUGAUUUACCCAUUCACCUCUGAUAAAUUAGAAACCUUGAGGAGCAAACUUCAUAGCAUGACUGACACAAAAAUGAAGCUCAAUCCAGAUAUGCACUUGCUUCUUUCUCAGUUACUAAAAGAUUUCCAGCUGCUGAUGAACAAAGCUUCUCAUUUAUAUCCAACAGUGAGUAACGCCUACCAAACGGCAUAUCAAUACGAGCAAUCUGCUUUAUCUGGAAGUAUUCAUGGUCUAAAAGCAGGUAUUAAAGAGAAGAACUGUAGUCAUGAUGAUGAUGAUCUACCUCACAUCAGAUAUAUCUUCAGCAAUCCCCAGCUGGUGCUGGUCCCUGCAUUUAGCCCUACGAUCAAGGACUACUAUGUGGAAGUUCCAUUUGAUAUGGUAAUGGUGGAAAUAGGAGCUGAGGCUGCUCACUGUGACUGUAAAGUGCGUCUGGAGGAGAAGGAAGGACAAGGAACUGUGGCUUUUGCACUGGGCUUGGGCAUUAAUCAGAUAACCAUAUAUGUGACUGAUAAAUCUGAACUAACUCCAAUAGUAUUAAGAAGCUAUCGUAUAAGUGUACACCGGGAGGAGCGUCCGAGUUUGCCAUUGUUUGACCAUUACAUCAUAUGUGGUUUUGUACAGGACUGUGGACUGAUCAUUCACUCUGGCAAGCCUUGCGGAUUAUAUCCACUGUCCUCUUUUCCAAAAGCUCCUCAAAAGAAAUGUGACAGUGGUGAUGCCAAAGGCCAAUGGAUAGUUCCCUGCCUCAGCUGCGCAGACAAUAGGACAUGUGACUGGCGUGCAAUAUCUUGGUACCCUUAUAAAUGCCAGCAUCCAAUUCUGAUAAAACCUGAACUUCAGGAAUGUAUGCAAGAGAGGAAGAUUCUGUUUAUAGGUGACUCAACUAACAGGGGAAUAAUGUAUUAUCUGAUAGAGCGAGUAAAUGAAACUCUACAAGAAUGGCAGAAGUCUCACGCCAUGAAAUUCUACAAUAUAAAUAAAGGCAGAACAGCCAUUAGUUACUCUUACUACCCACAGUUCUGGAUUGAGGCCACGAAGAGGCCAACAUUUGAAAGCACACUGGAACAACUUAUUGAAAGAUCACGACCCAUCAUUAAUUCACAUAAAACAGUGCUGGUUGUAGGCGGAGUACAGUGGUUAAACUCGAACCACAUGCAGAUUAUUAACAAUAUACUGGAGAGGGAAAACUUAUUGGAUAUCUUGGUAAUUAUAAAAUCCAUAGGGAUGGGCUUUCACCUACCAGUUCAUGGUAUUCAUUCAUUAUCAGCGACCCAAGUAAAAAAUUUACAUGAUGACAACCAGCUCAUACUGAAUAUGGCAAAGCUGUAUGGUUACGAAGUGGUGGACACUCUCAGCAUCACAAUGGGACGCUACAAGGAAUUCAUGCAAGGGAAAUGCGGAUGCCAUUUUCAUGAGGUUAUUAAAUCCAGUGUAUCCAAACAACACUACCAGAAAAUUAGUCUGCUAAAGAAUUAUACAUUUGGAGGGCAAAUCUUUCCUCGUCUUCAACGUUUUCCAGCAAACGAGAAAUCACCAUACCAUGUACAUGGUCCAGUGAAUCAAGUUUAUUCUGAAAUUCUUUUAAGCAGGAUAUGUGCAACAAAAUAAAUACGUCAUGUAGAAAAAAAAAAGAUUUCCCCACAAAAAAAAGGAACAGAUUCUCUACAGACUGGAUUUAUUACAAAAAUCUCUGAUUGGCUGCAAGAGCCCAACUAAAGACAUAUGGCGGAUACUUUAAAGCUUUAUGAAUUCAAUAUGUCAUCAUGCAAACAUGCAGUUUCAAACUAAAGGAUGCAAAAUAUGGUGGGUGCUUCAAGUAUUGCCAAGUUGUCUGAAUAUAAUACUUCUACUAAAAGGGCAAGGACUUUGUUUAAGCAGUACAUAUCUGUAGAUUUUUAUUAUUUAUUUAUGUAUUUAUUAUCUUGCAUAUCAGAAAUGUAUAUAAAAGAGUUCCCUUGGAUUUUUGUUACAUUUUUAAUAAUAUCCAUUUUUUUAUAAUGUUCAAUUAUAAAAAGCAAAUUUAUAUAACAUAGUCACUUACAUUGAGAAAAGACACAUAUCCAUCAAGUUCAAACUAUUCAAUUUCUACUUUAUUUCUAGUUUCCUAGAACAAUAUUAAUUUGAACCUUAGGGUUCUAGCAAUGUGCAGAA